CGCCCAAUCAGUCCCUCUCUCUCUCUCUCUCUCUCAAUCCAAGACUGAAACUUCAUCUCCACAGAUAUAUCCUGUUGGACCUGUUCGAGUCUCUUCUUCUUCUUUUGUUGUUUGUGCGUGUUUUCUUCCAAACCAAAGCAGCUGAGAGCAAUGUCACCUGCAGCAACUGCCAUUUUCUCGUCUUCCUCUUCCUUCACUCUUUUCCCUCUCACCUCACCAUCAUCAACAAAAGCAAAACCCCACAUUUCAGUGGCUAACGGAAGAACCCUAACCCUCCUAGGCUUCCCUUGCUUCUCCUUCAAUUAUAAGAAGCCCAAUCUCUUAAUUCGAUCCGCCAUAUCCAUUGAGAAGGAAACCCCAGAGACCCACCGGCCCCACACUUUCCUCCGCCAAUCCGACGACGAUGAUGCCGCCCUUUCCUCCUCACCGUCGUCUGUACGGUCCCGCUUCGAGAAGAUGAUAAGGGAAGCACAAGACCGCGUGUGCGAAGCGAUCGAGGCCGUGGAAGAAGGAGGGGGCAAGUUCAAGGAAGACGUCUGGUCGAGGCCUGGCGGUGGCGGCGGCAUCAGCAGAGUUCUGCAGGACGGCGCCGUUUGGGAGAAGGCUGGGGUUAAUGUCUCCGUUGUCUAUGGUAUCAUGCCUCCUGAAGCCUAUCGUGCCGCCAAGGCCGCCGCCGAUCAGACCAAGCCCGGUCCCGUUCCCUUCUUCGCCGCCGGAAUUAGCUCCGUUCUACAUCCAAAGAACCCAUUUGCCCCCACAUUGCAUUUUAAUUAUCGAUAUUUUGAGACUGACACUUCCAAAGAUACUCCGGGAGCACCAAGACAGUGGUGGUUUGGUGGCGGAACUGAUUUGACUCCUGCUUACAUCUUUGAGGAGGAUGUCAAGCAUUUCCAUUUGGUUCAAAAAAGUGCUUGUGACAAAUUCGAUCCUACCUUCUAUCCUCGAUUUAAGAAAUGGUGUGAUGAUUAUUUCUAUAUCAAGCAUCGUGCUGAGAGACGGGGGCUUGGCGGGAUAUUUUUUGAUGAUCUAAAUGACUAUGACCAAGAGAUGCUUCUUUCCUUUGCCACUGAAUGUGCGAAUUCUGUGGUUCCUGCUUACAUACCAAUCAUAGAGAAAAGGAAGAAUAUACCAUUCACAGACCAGCACAAGGCAUGGCAGCAAUUGCGAAGAGGACGCUAUGUAGAAUUCAAUUUGGUUUAUGAUCGGGGUACAACAUUUGGGCUGAAGACAGGAGGUCGAAUUGAAAGUAUUCUUGUUUCUCUCCCACUAACUGCUCGAUGGGAAUAUGACCAUCAACCAGAAGAGGGAACUGAAGAAUGGAAACUAUUAGAUGCCUGCAUCAAUCCAAAGGAAUGGAUCUAAAAUCAUUGAAAAGAAUGUCUUUAUAUUCCCAAUCCCCCUCCCUUACCUCUUCCCCUGUCCUCCUUUUCAAUGAGUGUUUCUUUAUUGCUCAGUUAGAAGUUAGAGCCCGAUGUCUACAUAGAUGUAAUCCACUAGAAGUAAAAGGCGGUAGAGGUGUGAAUCAUAAAUUAUGAGUAUGGUCUUUUGUAAGGACAGAAAAAUCUUCUGGUGAAUAAAUACAAUGAUGACGCGGCUAGCAAGUGCCAGUAAUUGCAUAAA